GGCGUUGUUGUGUUUACAGUAAUAUCUCAGUGCGCGCAGGAAACAGGGAGACUAUGAGAAAGCGCAGCUGCUCCAUUCAGCCACAUGGUUCCUCAACCGCACAGACAAGCUGCGCUGCAGACAGCCAGGCUCGCAUAGGGGACUCGCAACGGCGUCUUUUAAGCCUAGCAGGGAGAAUUUUCAGCCGCACAGGCAGUUGAGUGCUGAUCUGUGAGUUCAGAGGCAGGAAGUCUCUUUAAAUGGACUGAACUAAAAAAAAAAGAGAGACAGGAGAAACUUGGAUGAACUUUUAUUUCUGCUUUCCACUGAUAGAAGUGAAAAGACAAUUUUUUUUUUUACUUCUCCACGCAUAAACUUUGUCACUGACUGAGCGCUUCCAGACUGUUUGGAGGAGGAGAUGGUGCAGCACAUGAGCCACGCAGAGAGCACCCACGCUCACUCUCCCGGCGGGGACUCCACGGACACGGGAGAAUUGGACCUGGAGAUGGACGCCUCCCCGGUCCCGGAGGGCUCCCCUUCCUCCCGGGAGCGCAGCGACCUGGCGUGGUGCAAGACCCCGACGGGCCACAUCAAGAGACCCAUGAACGCGUUCAUGGUGUGGUCUCAGAUCGAGAGGAGGAAGAUCAUGGAGCAGUCUCCGGACAUGCACAACGCCGAGAUCUCCAAGCGACUGGGGAAGCGCUGGAAGCUGCUGAAGGACACGGACAAGAUCCCGUUCAUCCGCGAGGCGGAGAGGCUCCGGCUCAAGCACAUGGCCGACUACCCGGACUACAAGUACCGACCCAGGAAGAAGGUCAAGUCCGGGAGCGCAGUGGGCAAGCAGGCGGACCGCGGCGAGAAGAGCGGGGAGCGCAGCGCCAAAGCCGGCGGCGGCAAGAGGAGCCCCGCGUCCAAAUCAGUGAGCCGGACGCUGAAACAGGGGAGCAGCAAGAGCGCUCCGGGACCAGACUACGCGCCCACCCUCUUCAAAUCCAGGUCAGCGUCCGGGGCCAGGCAGAUCCCGGAGAAGCGCUCAGGGGAGGUAAGGCGUGCCCACGUGUUUGGCGGGACCGGCAGCCUGGAGAGCGGGCCUCCCUCCGUGGGCGUCCCGGCCAGUCCCACACUGAGCAGCUCUGCAGAGUCCAGCGACCCGCUUAGCCUGUACGAGGAGCACAGCCCGGGCUCCACGGCGCGCCUCAGAUACGCCCGUGCCUCCUCUCCGACGCCCUCCGCCUCCCACUCCUCCUCCUCCGUCUCAUCCACGUCGUCGGACGAGGAAUUCGAAGACGAGCGGCUCGAUCUGAACCCGAGCCCCGGCUUCGAGAGCACGUCCCUUGGCGGCAUGGGCUUCUCCGACGCGGAGCUGGACCGGGACUUAGACUGGGGCUUCGGAGAGUGCGGGGCAGGAUCUCACUUCGACUUCUCCGACUACUGCACCCCGGAGGUCAGCGAGAUGAUCUCGGGAGAGUGGCUGGAGUCAACCAUCUCCAACUUGGUGUUCACCUACUGAAUCAGCCCCCCCACAGCCCACGUAUGAAGAACUGUUCUAUCCCUCACCAAGACAAGCCUGUGCGUCUAGACCAGAAGAUUUCCGAAAUUAUUUCACUUAAAAUACACGAGAGUGAAUAAAGGAAAGAAAAAGAGGUGGCCUGCGUGCGCGGUGAAGCCCAGGUAUGCGCCGCUCAGACUUGGACAGCGCUCCGUGCGCUCGACGAGAGGAAAUGCUUAGUUUGCAUUUGGACACAAGGAGAAGGAGGAGGUAUGGGAAGUCAAACGUGCCACAAUUCAAUACAUAAAUAAGUUGGUAAAUAAAAAUCUAUAUAUGUGAUCAUUGUAGAAAACAAACAUGCAUACAUGCAUUAAAUAAAUAAAUGCAUCUAUAAUUAUUGCUAUGUUUCAAUAAUUUAUGCAUUUAUACAUAAUUAAAGGCAUGAAAAUAAUGAAAUUAUGCUUUCUGCUCUACAUGCCACACCAUCUUUUAGAUGCAUAUAUAAUGUCUUAGUAUCCAUUUUCAAGCAUUUCAUAAUCCUGUGCUGUACUACAUCAUGGUAGUUUGUUUGCAUCAGCCUCACCCAGGAGCCAGUAGGCGGGGCAAACACUGCUAUAGACAGCAGUUGGUCUGCAGUUGAGCCGUUGUGCAUCUUAAACAAUCACAUGUUCUCUAUUUGACAAGCCAUAGUCACAGUUUAAAUUAUUUCAGUGGCAUAAUCUUGUAACAUUUACAGCAUAAUGAAUUCAAGUGUUAAUUAACGAAAUCAAUUGUGAACUAUCUUAUGUAUUUAUUGAAAUGUGACAUCAAUCUUUAUAGGUAUGUAUUUUAUUUAUUUAAUGUAUUUUUUCAUGGUUCUAUCGAAAUUAUCAUAUAUGUAGUGUUUAUUUAGAAAAUGUAUUUAUUUAUUGGAUUGUGGCACUUUUGGCCCUCCAUAUGAGGAGGCGUGAAUGUAAGCAGAGAAGCUGCAGAUGUUUAACUCAUUCCAUGCAGGAUGAGGACCAAGACUGAACCUUUUGAGUCCUGAUAGGAAUUUUUUUUUUUUUUUUCAGGGGGAACAUUUGCUGGAGAGCACUCGUGUUUGGUUGUGUUUUCUAAGAAAUAGCCAAACCAUUCUAACCAUCAAGUUCAGGACUUUUUUUUUUCUCUCUCCUCAAAACUCAAUAUUUGUAGUAUGGACACGCAUGCCCUCCAAGAAGAGGAGGAAUUUCAUAUUUAAUGCGUAGAAAAAAAAUGUUUGUCUUUGCUGCGUAAUUACGCAUUUUGUGUGCGCAUAGGACACAAUUCACUAUCACCAGCUUCUCUCUCAACGGCAGGACUUAAAAAAACAAAGACUGACUCCAAACUUGGGAAACUUUUUUUAAAACAACACUCAGUGCACAAUUCAGGACCAAUGUUCUGCGCGUUCUAUCUGCCUAGUGCUUCAACUUUGUAGUUCUUGUGUCAGAUAUUCUUUGCAUACAUGUACAGAGCCAGUUCAAGGUUGCAUUGGACCCUGGGCAGAGUUUAAUGGGGGCCCCACUUCCAGUUACGGUCGUCGCCCACCAGCCGCAACAGCACGUCUCUUUCAUAGUGUCCAUGCUUGAUCCUUUUACACUCUUUGUUCACCAUAGCUGUUUUUCAAGCUCACCGGCUCAAGUUUAGGAGAGCUGGCAAAGAGUCAGAUCCCAGAAACACCACAGCGAUUCACAAGGACAACAUUUUAUGAAUAAUAAAUCGAUGUCAUGUUUGUAUUGUCUUUACAACAAGCACAUUUUUUUAAUCAGUCCUGUGAAAUUUCAUAAAGUGUUGUUUGGGACCCCAGGCCAUAAGGGUGGCCUAAGCAACCCAUAUACCGCUCACUCAGGCCUUGGGCUGGCUCUGUAUAUGCAUUACUAUAUAUAUUGAUGUAUUUAUACUGGCCAAACGUUUUUAUACAUAGAAGUAUUGUUCUCGUACAGGUCUUGUUUGUGUUUGUGCACACACACACACACCUGUCUGUAUAUCCAGCGGCGGAAGGGCUAAGAAGUGUAUCUUAUUUAAAAAAAACAGGAAAAAAAAAAACUGUCCGACUUCUCUGACUUUCAAAGAGAUUUUGCGUGUGUCAUGAUUUUCUACUUGUAUUUUUGUACAAAAUCUAUAAAAGGGGCAGCCCUGCAGCAUUGUUGUUCACAUCUACAUUGGUGGUUUAGACGUGCAGAGAGGGGGUGGGGGGGGGCACAAUCUGACCUCACACAGUGUUUACAGUAUUUACCCACAUGCUUCUUAAAUGGCACAGUGACUCCAGCUUCACCAGCCGAGUAAACAAAGCGCCGCUGAGGCUCCUCCUGACUGUGUUUCCUGUCCACACGCACUCAAAACACACUCAACUCUGAAGUCUCAAAGUGAAAGAUCCCAGAUCAGAGUCACUGUUUGGAUAGAGCUAAUACCUCUGUGUGCUUUGUUUUUUUUAAUAUAUAUGGAAAUAAGUUUUAUUUGAACCACUGGACUCAUUCCACUUUUGCCUAGACUUUUUGAGGGAGGAGGAAAUGUUUUUGAAGUGCUUCAUCUGUUAUUGCGCAAAUUGCAUCAAAAAAAUAGUAUUUAACCUUUUUCUGUACCUGUUGGCUAAGUAUAGCAGGCUAUUUGUUUCUUUUUUUUUUUCUUUUUUUUUAUAUUAUGGCAUGGCGAAUAGCAUUUGUAUUUCAGAUUCAGGUAUAUGUAGCUAUAGCUGUUGUGUUUAAGAUUUUUAAAAGAAUAAUAACAUGAAGAUAUUUAUGUAAACUGACUGUACUAUAAGCAAAGAUUGUGUGUUUUUAUGUAUGAUGAUGAACAACGACAGGCACUAGGACGGCCAUCUUUGGUGGAAGAUGAUUGUGGUCCAGGAGUUUCCUUUAAAAAAAAAAGAAGAAAAAAGUGGAAAAAAAAAUCCUCUGUUGUCCUUUUCCUUUUUUUUAUUUCCCAUUCGUGCAAUAUGUUGUGUUUGAUCAUGUUUUGUCCACUUCAGCCAAGAUCAUUCGAUGUCUUUUGCUCAAAAACCAGCCAACAUUUGGGUCAAUCACUGCCUCUCAGACCUCUGUACAGAUUGUCUUUUUUAAGUUUUUUUUUUUUCUUCCGAGAAGGAAAUAAAAUCAGCUGGAACUGAAAAAGUGCAA